CCCCACUUCCGGUCGGCUCAGGUCUGGGAAGGUAUUGAGCCUGCAGUCAGUCAAGGCCGUGGCCCAGUCCGGGCGGGUGGGGACGGAGCUGUUUGCAGCUGGGCAGGGCAGCUGCGGCCCGGAGGUCGCAUCUCCACGCACAGCCGUGGUCCCAGCUAUGUCGCCAGAUUGACCUGGAACUCACUACUCCAGCCUAAACCAGGUACCAGGAUUACAGUCUUGCUGGAGCUUGAAGAUGCUGAAAGAGCGUCUGGAGAUGGCAGAAGAUCCUCAGCAGCAGAUGGGUGCUCCAGUGGUGAAACUGGAGAAGGAGCUGCCAUGGGGCCGGGGAGGGGAGGACUCAACUGAGCUGCACACCAAGGAGCAGAUCCUGGAGCUGCUGGUGCUGGAGCAGUUCCUCACCAUCCUGCCCCGAGAGUUCUACACCUGGAUCCGAGAUCACAGCCCAGACAGCGGCAAGGCUCUGGUGGCCAUGGUGGAGGACCUGAUGGAGAGCACACCUGAGGCCAAGGCGGUUCCAUGCCACGCCCAGGGAGAGCAGCUGGUCACAGCCCUUGGCGGAAGAUCUUGGCAAUCAAGCAUCCACUUGGGGCCCGUAGAAGUCAAACCUGAGUGGGGGAUACUUCAGGGGGAUGGAGUUCAAAGCUUAGGCCCAAGAACUACAGAACAGCUGAGCCAGGGCCCUGGAGACGGGACACAGGCCUUCCAGGAGCAAGCACUGCCCAUUCUUCAUGCGGGUCCAGGUCUUCCCUCUGUGAGCACCAGAGACCAAGAGCUUGCUGCUGGGUUCCUUGCAGCAACAGCCCAGCUCUGUCUGAUAUGGAGAUCACAGCCCAAUCAGUUGUUUUCAUUUUUGCUGGCUAUGAAGCCACAAGCACGUCCAUUUCCUUCGUGAUAUAUCAACUGGCUACUCACCCUGCUGUGCAGAAGAAACUUCAGGAUGAGAUU